CCCCACAACCACCCACCAAGCCCUGCUUGCACCACAGUCAAUCAUCUCGAUUAACAAAGCAAGCAAUUUUACGCAGUUAUAAAAAAACUGUUAAUCUAAUUAAAAGUACCGAAAAAAAAACAAGACAUUAUUUAAAAUGGCAAGAAGACGCGCAGCACCUCCAGCAAGAACGGUUAGACCAACACGAGUAUCAUCACCUCAACCAUCAAGAGCUGCAUCAGCUCGUGCUACUCCAUCAGCUCGUGCUGCUCCAGCUCAAGCUGCUCCAACUAAGGCACCAGCUGCUCCAGCACCAGCAUCAGCAUCAGCCCCCAUGAUGGCACCACAACAACCAGGUAUUAUGGGACAAAUGAUGGCAACUGCUGGUGGUGUAGCAAUUGGUCAUACUAUUGGACAUGCUGUUACUGGUUUAUUCAGUGGUGGUAGCUCUGAAGCUGCUGCUCCAGCUCCAGCUGCUGCUGCUGCUGCACCAGUUCAACAAUAUGCUGAAUCACAACCAGGACAAAGCAGUGGUGUUUGCUCUUAUGAAAUUCAACAAUUUCUUCAAUGUGCACAAAAUCAAACAGAUCUUACACUCUGUGAAGGUUUUAAUGAAGCUAUUCGUCAGUGCAAAAUGUCAAAUGGCCAAUCAUAUAUGUAAAUUUUUCGUAGCUGUUUCAUAUAUUUGAAUUAAAGACAAAAAUUUUAGAAAUUUAAUUAGAUCAAAUUAUUGUCCAGCUAAAAUAUCCAGAAAAAAAAAGU